UGGAAAUUCACCAUUAAAUCUCUUAAAAAACCCUAUCUUAGAAUGUUGUUCCCUCCCUCACGGUUCUCGAUCUUGUGACAUGGCUACCACACCGCAAUGGGAAUUCUCCUGUGACAUGGAAAUAGAUUUUGGAUCUGAAGAGAAUGCUUCCAUUGUAUUUUCUGCCUUAGCCGUUGACAAAGAGUUGCAACCCGAUAAAGUAAAACGACUCAUGACAGUGUCUGAUGGAAAGCUAUCAGCGCACUUUGAGGCAACAGAAGCCAGGUUUCUCCGGGCAUCAUUUAGUGCUUUUGUAGAUGUCAUGACACUAGCCACGAAAACUAUUGAAGAAUUUGGUCAAGGAAUGAAGUUGUGACGUACAUCUCCUUAUCUUUGAAUGUUGGAUUGUUCUAGUGUACUAUAAGUUAACUUCUACGGUCUAAAUGUACCCAUGUUUGUUUCUUUCAAGCAGGAAAAUUUUCAGAUUUUGUUUUUAAUUUUUAUACAUAUGAUGUUUCAAGGGUGUAAUAUGUAUUGCUUAGUCACUCAAAUCUACUACUACUAUCUACUCUUAAUUCCUGGAUACUAAUCACUGAAACAGAUUAACAUGA